GCUCUGGUUUUGUUUCAUUUUCAUCUGGAGACUUAAAUGACACCAAGCAAAGCCUACUUAGUUUAGAUUUCCAGGAAUCAAAUGGUGAAAAAGAAAGCAUGAAGUUUUCAAGCCUGUAUUGUUUUCUUCUGCUUCUCAUUUUUCAAACUGACUUUGGACAAAAUGAAGAAACUUCUAGGAGGCAAAGAAGGAAGACGUAUUAUAGAAGACUGAGAAAAAGUUCCUUGCCCACCCACAGAUCUGUUAGACAGCUUGGAAUUCAACAGAUGAAGACAGUUACACCUGCAGCAAAACUUCCCAUAAUAAACUUGGAUUACAGUAUUGAGGAAAAAUUUGAAUCUUUUUUAAGUGUUCCUGGAGUAGAAUCAAGCUAUAAUGUGUUACCAGGAAAGAAAGGACACUGUUUGGCAAAUGGGAUGAUCAUGUAUAACAAAGCUGUGUGGUCUCCGGAGCCCUGUACUACCUGUCUCUGCUUGAAUGGCAAAGUCCUUUGUGAUGAGACCAAGUGCCACCCUCAGAUGUGCCCCCAAACAAUUAUACCUGAAGGAGAAUGCUGCCCUGUCUGCUCUGAUACUGCCUCCUAUUUGCUACUCAGUGGUACAGCAUUAAAUGAUAGAACUGAAUUUUCUGGUGAUUCUUCAGAACAAAGAGAACCUACCAAUUUACCUCAUAAGCAACAGUCACCUUGGGUGGAAAUGAAUCGAGCACUGAGAAAAGAGGAACUUCAGUUUGAGGAGGAUGAAGAAGAAGUCAAACAAGAUGACAAUAGGGAGCAAAAGAAAAAGACUUUUAGACCUGGAGACUCGGGGAGACCUACCAAUGAGGGACAGAGCAGAGAAGGGGAAGAGCAGAGGCCUGAAGAGGAGGGGACGCAGGCCCAUCAACACAGAAACCCAGCAAGGGAGAAUGAGGAAGACGAUGAAGAUGAGGAAGACGAUGAAGAUGAGGAUGAGGAUGAGACCAUCAGAGGAGACACGUUCAGGAUGCCCCCUCAACUCCCAAUCCCAGCUACCCCCAGAGGCAUACCGUCUCUGCCAAGCAGUUGCUCUCUGUCCUACAAAACCAUCUCCUGUAUCAGCGCUGACCUCACACAAAUACCACCGCUAACAGCACCAGAGAUAACAAGUCUGGAGCUCAUAGGCAAUUCCAUCACCUCCAUUCCGGAUGAAGCAUUUAAUGGAUUACCAAAUUUAGAAAGGCUUGAUCUGAGCAAAAAUAAUAUCACCUCUUCAGGCAUAGGUCCAAAAGCAUUCAAGUUUCUAAAGAAUUUAAUGCGCUUAAAUAUGGAUGGAAACAAUUUGGUAACGAUUCCUUCAGAACUACCGUCUACAUUAGAAGAACUCAAAAUCAAUGAGAACAAGCUGCAGGUUAUUGAUGAAGAAAGUUUAUCAGACUUAAAUCAAUUGGUCACUUUAGAAUUGGAAGGAAACAAUCUCAGUGAAACCAAUGUCAAUUCCUUAGCUUUCAAACCUUUGAAGAGCCUAUCCUACCUGCGUCUGGGAAGAAAUAAAUUUAGAAUUAUACCACAAGGUCUUCCUGCUUCUAUUGAGGAAUUAUACCUAGAAAAUAACCAAAUUGAAGAAAUAACUGAAAUUUCUUUUAAUCAUACCAGAAAGAUAAAUGUCAUUGGAUUACGUUAUAAUAAAAUUGAAGAAAAUAGAAUUGCUCCUUUAGCCUGGAUAAAUCAAGAAAAUCUAGAAUCGAUAGACCUCUCGUACAACAAGCUCUACCAUGUCCCCUCCUAUCUACCCAAGUCGCUGCUGCACCUUGUACUCAUCGGGAACCAGAUCGAACGCAUCCCUGGCUAUGUGUUUGGUCACAUGGAACCAGGCUUGGAAUACCUGUACCUGUCAUUUAAUAAGCUUGUGGACGAUGGCAUAGACCGAGUCUCCUUCUAUGGAGCUUACCAUUCUCUGCGAGAGCUGUUUCUGGAUCAUAAUGAAUUAAAAUCUAUACCACCUGGGGUACAAGAAAUGAAAGCACUACAUUUCCUGAGACUGAACAACAACAAGAUACGGAAUAUUCUUCCAGAACAAAUUUGCAAUGCUGAAGAAGAUGAUGAUUCGAAUCUGGAACAUCUUCAUCUUGAAAACAACUACAUUAAAACAAGAGAAAUAUCAUCCUAUGCAUUUUCAUGCAUAAGGUCAUAUUCAAGUAUUGUUCUUAAACCACAAAAUAUCAAGUAGUUCCAAGUUUUUCUUUGUCACUUAUAAAUUAUACUCAUAUAUCUGUUUUAGUAGCAUUUUCCUCAAUA